CAGGGUCCUGUUCAUUCUCCACCCGCAGUCCUUGUCCCCAUGGGGCCAACCAGGCCUCAUGUACAGGUGGCCCAGGCUGGAGACUCCUGGAUCCAGAGACAGGCGGGCCCCUCUCCCAGCCUGGCCGGCAGCAGCCGCCUGAGUUCCAGCUCCUGUUGAUGUUUGCCAUCCUUGAGGCUGGGAGGAUGGCUGGAGCCCCGGUGUCCAGGGGGUGGGGCCUCGGUACUAUUCCAACUCUGACUGUGGCUUCUCGGUGGGGGCGGGGGACAGGAAACCGGGGCCUUUCCGCCCAGUGUCGGGGCUGCAGAGUCCCGCCUACCGCAGGCCAGGCUAUACCAGGAUUGGCCUGAGACAGGGAACCGUGACCUUCUGACUCAUCCCUCCCCCAGAGGAGCUGGGCACACUGGGGCCUUGUGUCGUGGCCAGGAGGUCAGUCACUCUCCCCACUGCUGGGGAAAACUUUCCCCUUGGGUCGGGCCUGGGACCCCCCGCCCCCACUAGCACCCUCCACGGCAGGAUGUGAGGUGCCCUUACCCUGGGCCAGGUCUCUGCAGCAGAACAGCCAGGGUCUUUAAUCACGCAGGCUGUUGGCGCUUUAGUGGAGGAGGCUGUGGCAUCUGUUUUAACUUUUAAAAACAUUUCCAGGCCAAUGGUGCCUCUGUGGGUUUAGUAGUCCAUAAAUAUCAUGCUCAUGGCUCUUAAUAAGCAUUUGCUGUGUGCCCAGCACUGUGUUAAACUGUAGGCAUCCAUCAGCCUUCUGCCUCACUGCCCGCAUGUUACAAAUAUGUGAUUGUUUCUCCCAUUUCCUACAUAAGGACAAAUGAGGCCUGUAUAGAGGUUAAGUGCCUCGACCAAGGUCUCAUAAAAAAGCAGCAGCGGUCGGAUUCAAAUCCAGGCCUGUGUGGCCCACAGCUGGGGUGCUAACCACCCCAGACUGCCUUCCUGAUUGCCUGUGGGUACCUUCUCUAGGAGGCUUGAGACAUCCAGGGUGUCAUGUGGACAUUGGCGUGCUCUGCCCUGGAGACACCAGAGCUCAUAAGAGGCAGCUGGGCAGCCCUGUCGACCAUGACAAAUCAGCAGACCAGUCGCUCUCCGGUGCUUGUUUUGGAAACCGUGACUGAGAGCUUGUCCCCACUGGAGGUGCCCAGAAGAUGUAGUAAUUCUGCCUGUGGGGCCCGGGGACUCUAGGGAUUGUUUGCAGGUGCCAUGUUUGUGGUGGUUCGGGUUCUGGAGAGCGGGUCCGUAGACCUCACAGUGUUUCAAGUUGAAGUGGGCCUGACCCCAAAGAGAGCGGGUCCCCUGGGCUGACCCAGACCACAGGCGCUGAGUCUGGACCCCAGCAGCUCAUCCCCCUGGAAGGUCGCACUGGCUGGAUUGUUUGUUGACAUAGUGCCCACAUGGAAGGAUGCUCUAGGACACUGUCCCAUGAAACUCAUCUUUGGGUUUCUUAGGUACAAGGUCUUGAGGACGGGGUUCAUGGUGGCACACGUACAGGGCUCUGUAAGAACUCCCUCGGGAGAAAUCUUGCACUGGAUUCAGUGUCAGGAAUACCUGGACAUCUCUUGAGUGAAUGCUUUAAUCUUUAUCUCAUGGGUCCUCUGAAACAAGUAAAUGAAAUAUUUCCCUUUUCCUACGGGCUGCCAGGAAGCUCUGACCUAGAUCAGUAGCCCACAGAUGGUGUGACUCUUGUACACUGACUUGGCCUCUGGUUCUUUCAGACUCUUAUACUCUUGUUUUCCCCUUGCCUUGCCUCAUUUUCAUCACCUCAUUUUCCUUAGGAAGAAAAACACCUUGGUAUUUUAUGUGUUUUAGCCUUAACUAAACAAACAUGGAUGGUGGAUCAGUGCUGGCUACGUCAGAGCCAGGGAGUAAGCAUUUCCCCUCUGCAGUCUCCAUCCUAGAGACCGUUUACCAGCUCCUCCCUCCCUGUCCCAUUCUCUUGUCCCUUGCUCCCGUUCCUGGGACCCCAGAGCCUUGGAGCCCCAUCCAUCAUGGCUCCUGAGUCUGUCCGGAAAGACGACGUUCAGGUUCUUCCCCAGCUGCCCCCACCCCACUGUGCUGCUUGUUCAUCCCCCAGGGCUUCACAGUAGUUUUUCAGGGAGAAAUGUCUGGGAGAAGAGUCAUUUCCCCAACCUAGGGCUCAGCUGCUCCCGUAGCCACAGGCCCCUGCUGAAAUCCAGCUUUAUUUCAGCUCCGGACCUGUCUCAGCAGUGCCCGGCUGCCUACUGUCCUUAGCGGCCCACCUGAACAGACAGAGCCCAUUUCUGGUGGGAAAGCAGUGCCGGGGCCUUGGACACAGGGGUGGGGCUGGCAGUGCCCUGGGGGGAGGGUGGGAGGCACGGUGAGAUGCCAGGGCUGAUUUUCAGCACUGCACCCUGUCAUAAAUCACCUGUCCCUACAUGGAGUGGCCUCACUGUGUCGCCCACAAUUAAUACUCAAACUGAAUCAAAAAGCUCAGUGUAAAUGGUGCCUCCUCCCACCCCAGUCUCCUUGAGGCCCCCUCCCUCUGGGGCAUCUCCCGUUACUAGUUCAGUGCCAGCUCUUUCAGUGAUUGUUUACACAUAUAUACAAAUAUACACGUCCAUCUCCUUAAAAAAAUCUGAAAUGGUGGUGUACUACUGCACACGUGUUUUCUGGCCCUAGCUUUGGAAACUCAAUAAACUAUGCUGGGUGACUGUUUCUAUCAGUGUAUUCAUGUCUGAGGAGCCUUCUCUGACACAGCCGCUUGGAAGGACAAUCCCCCGGACAAGCUAAUAAUGAAUGGGGUAAGCUUCUAGGAAAGGGUGGGGUGCCCAUGCGUGGACUUUCAGAGGUUCGGGGAACUUCUAAAUUGUCUGUGUAAAAUUGUGGGCAUUAAUGGAAUUUCUCAGAGGAGGGAUUGUGGUUCGAAGGGUCUGUGGCCCAGAAAAGGUGAAACAAGGCCUCUCAGCCCUGGGUUUCAUGGGAUUUCUGUACAGCACAAGGUGGGGGCCAACUUGGCAGAAUUGGCAGAGGGAAGCACCCCUAGUUUUUUUUUGGCCCCCUCCAUCCCCCAGGGCUGCCACAGAUCAGGCUGAGGUGGGGGGACAGAGAUGCCCAGCCCUAGAAUCUUCUUGGAAGAUGACUGAGUUUUUCCCAUUCCCAAUGCAGGGUCCCCCUGUCUGCUGUGUGGGUGGCCCCGACUGUGCCUGAGAACGAAGUCUGGGGCCUUCCUGGGAUUAUAGAAGCCCAGGGUGAGAGGUGGGAAGCCCUUGAGUUGUCACUGGAUCUAUGGUAUAACCAAGGCACAGAGAGGCCAGGGGGGUGAGUGCAAGGUCACCCAUCCAGGGAAAAGCAGAGGCUGUGUGGGCCGAUCCUGCCUGUGACAUUCAGGUCAGCGCUCCUUCCCUGCCAGAGCACCGUGAGAUGAGCAGGAGAGGCCCUCGGGAGGAGGCAGGGCUGCCUGUUGCUGCUGGGCUCUCCCUGUGCGGCUGGGGUGGGCGUGCACGGCGCAGAAGCCGCAGCCAGGGUGGGCGUGCCAUCCUCAAACCUCACAGCAUCCUGCAACAUCACCUCCGGCCGGCUGCAUCCUCACGUCAGGUUGGAGCCAGCAGCCCCAGAAUUCUGAACACAGCAGAAACUACAGGACUCCGAGGCUGCACCGCAGGAUGUGGUCACUAGAGGGCAGCAGGAAAGCCACUGCGGUGGCCCAGCAGGAAGAAGUUCCCAGGCCGGGAGAGGAGCCGCAGGAAGAAGGGGCCGUGGGCAGAGCCAGACCCUGGGGCCUGCGGGGUGAUUUGUUCUAGGCCCUUCCCUGAGACAAAAAGCAAACCACACACUUACUGAUGAUAGUAUUAAUUGACAUUUAGCGAGUGCUUACCCUGCGCCAGGCACUGUACUAAUGAAUCCUCACAACAGCCUUGUUAUCAUUACCCUUAUUUUUGUGUGUGAGAACACAGAGGCCCAGAGAGAUGAAGAAACCUAGCCAAGGUCUCCCAGCCAGUAAGUGGCUGAGCUGGGAUCAGCAGGGCUGGUGUCAGAGGCUGGGUUGUAUCUAUAUGCCUGGCGUUGACUAAAUGCUUUAAGGCCUUCAGUGCUUACCACCACUGCUGAGCUAUGCCCACCUUAUGGAUGGGGAAACUGAGGCUCAGGGACAGCUGGUGAAUCACUCAGGUCCACACACCUGCUGAGUGACAGAUCCAGGUAGGCAUGGUUCACGGUGCGAGCCCUUACUCUGAACUGCAGUUCUCCAGUACAGAGUUGUUCACUGCUCCCGCUCUGUGCUCUAAUCUCAAGUUGACUGACAAUGAAAUCUGAGCUUUCUACUGGGAGCGAAAGUUUAGCAACUUGUCUGCUUUCUAACAGAAAUGAUAGAUCCUGGUCUCCUGUGUCCAAGGUGUGGCUGGAUUUUUACAAAGCAGAGGUAGAGGGAAGCCAUGCCAGGGGUUGCUGGAAGCCUAGGGAAGGUUUCUGGGAUCCACAGUCUGGCUUGGAGGUUGAGGGCAUUGAGGAGUCUUUUGUAGUGGCUGAGACUUCCUUGGGAACAACAGGACCUAGCCCCAGGGCCUUUGGUUUCCAGGGCAGAUGCCUUUAGCAUACCAAGGACACUUGGCCAGCCCUGGGCCCAGCUCUGCCAGGCUGAGAGAGUGGGGGUAUUUUCAGGAGGGCUGGACUUCUCCCAUCUUCCCGUUCCCAUGCCCUGGCUUUGCCCUCCCCAGGGGUACAAGGGAAUGGCCUGUGGCUGGGCCUUCAAACACGUUCCCCUCCUCCAUGUCCAGGCCCCACCUUGUGAGGCCGAGUCUCACCGUCUUAGGGAUUUAUAACUUCCGGCUGCUUCAGCGACUUCUGAUUUAUUAGCGAAGCAGCAGCUUCUAGGCCUGGCCUUAAGUUUCUCUGGGUGGAGGAAGAGUUGGGGAAAGAAACGUCAAUGGUCCUCUACCCAGCAAGAGGGCAAGAUGCUCCUCUGUAAAGAAAACCCUGGAGUAGCUGGUGUCACUUCGGAGUGGUUGGAAGAAGACUCUCUCCCUAGCUGCGUGCCGGGAGGCGCCCUUUCGACCUGGAGACCUGGGUCUGCUGGUCACAGGGCUGCCGCACUGGCUGGGACGGCCAGCUGGACCUGGAGACGCUGGUGGCUGUGGACUCCCCAGCUUGGAGCAGCUCCUCUUUGACCUCGCCCCGUGGAGAAGCAGCCCCAUGAAGGUGCCCAGCCAUGCAAUGUUCCUGGAAGGCCGUCCUCCUCCUUGCCCUGGCCUCCAUUGCCAUCCAGUACACGGCCAUCCGCACCUUCACCGCCAAGUCCUUCCACACUUGCCCUGGGCUGGCAGAGGCGGGACUGGCAGAGCGGCUGUGCGAGGAGAGCCCCACCUUCGCCUACAACCUCUCCCGCAAAACCCACAUCCUCAUCCUGGCCACCACGCGCAGCGGCUCCUCCUUCGUGGGCCAGCUCUUCAACCAGCACCUGGACGUCUUCUACCUAUUUGAGCCCCUCUACCACGUGCAGAACACGCUCAUCCCCCGCUUCACCCAGGGCAAGAGUCCGGCCGACCGGCGGGUCAUGCUGGGCGCCAGCCGCGACCUCUUGCGGAGCCUCUACGACUGCGACCUCUACUUCCUGGAGAACUACAUCAAGCCGCCGCCGGUCAACCACACCACCGACAGGAUCUUCCGCCGCGGGGCCAGCCGGGUCCUCUGCUCCCGGCCUGUGUGCGACCCUCCGGGGCCCGCGGAUCUGGUCCUGGAGGAGGGGGACUGCGUGCGCAAGUGCGGGCUGCUCAACCUGACCGUGGCGGCGGAGGCCUGCCGCGAGCGCAGCCACGUGGCCAUCAAGACGGUGCGCGUGCCUGAGGUGAACGACCUGCGCGCCCUGGUGGAAGACCCGCGGUUAAACCUCAAGGUCAUCCAGCUGGUCCGAGACCCCCGCGGCAUCCUGGCUUCGCGCAGCGAGACCUUCCGCGACACGUACCGGCUCUGGCGGCUGUGGUACGGCACCGGGAGGAAGCCCUACAACCUGGACGUGACGCAGCUGACCACGGUGUGCGAAGACUUCUCCAACUCCGUGUCCACCGGCCUCAUGCGGCCCCCGUGGCUCAAGGGCAAGUACAUGUUGGUGCGCUACGAGGACCUGGCCCGGAACCCCAUGAAGAAGACCGAGGAGAUCUACGGGUUCCUGGGCAUCCCGCUGGACAGCCACGUGGCCCGCUGGAUCCAGAACAACACGCGGGGCGACCCCACCCUGGGCAAGCACAAAUACGGCACCGUGCGAAACUCGGCGGCCACGGCCGAGAAGUGGCGCUUCCGCCUCUCCUACGACAUAGUGGCAUUUGCCCAGAACGCCUGCCAGCAGGUGCUGGCCCAGCUGGGCUACAAGAUCGCCACCUCCGAAGAGGAGCUGAAGAACCCCUCGGUCAGCCUGGUGGAGGAGCGGGACUUCCGCCCCUUCUCGUGACCCAGGCGGCGCGGGUGGGGGCGGGAGGCGCACGGUGUCGGUUUUGAUAAAAUGGACCGUUUUUAACUGUUGCCUUAUUUCCCCCUCCCUCUCCCGCCCCAUCUUCGUGUCCCUCCUGCCCCCACUCCCUUCUGCCCCUUUUUGUCUCUGAAAUUUGCACUACGUCUUGGACGGGAAUCACUGGGGCAGAGGGCGCGUGAAGUGGGGUCCUGCCCCCACCCCACCCCAUUCAGACACACGGAUGUUGGGUCUCUGUGCGGACGGUGACAAUGUUUACAAGCACCACACUUACACAUCCACACACACGCACACAGGCAUCCGCGAGGAGAGGCACCCGGGGCUACGCGACUUCUCAAGCGUUUGAAUGGAUGAGUGGUCGGGUAUCCAGUUUUUGCACUGUCUUACUAUUCAAGGUAAGAGGAUACAAACAAGAGGACCACUUGUCUCUAAUUUAUGAAUGGUGUCCAUCCUUCCCCCAUCCCUGCCUCCUGCUCCCACUUACCCCUUAGAGCAGCGAAACUGCCCCCUCCUGCCCGCCCUUGCCUGUCGGUGAGGCAGGUUUUUACUGUGAGGUGAACGUGGAUCUGUUUCUGUUUCCAGUCUGUGGUGAUGCUGUCUGUCUGUCUGAGUCUUGUGGCUGCCCCUGGACCAGUGAUGACUGAUGAAUCUUAUGAGCUUCUGAUUGAUCUUGGGGUCCAUCUGUGAUAUUUCUUUGUGCCAAAAAGAAAAAAAAAAGAGUGGAUCAGUUUGCUAAAUGAACAUUGAAAUGCUUUAUCUGUGUUUUCUGUAAAUAAAAGAGUGCAAUUAUC